UACGACGUCGUUACAGGUCCUUUGACUAACCGACUUCCCUCCGUAUAAAUACUACUUGGCGGCAAUAAAUCAGACACAACAUGAUACGAUCAAUCAACAAAACUAUCUAAUCAAAUCAGAAUCAGAAUCAAUGGGUGUUCACAAUCUCUGGGAACUCUUGUCUCCCGUCGGCCGCCGCGUCAACGUCGAGACUCUCGCCGGAAAAAAACUCGCUAUCGAUGCCAGUAUCUGGAUGGUUCAAUUUAUGAAAGCGAUGAGAGAUGAGAAAGGAGAGAUGGUGAAAAACGCUCACAUUUUGGGCUUUUUUCGACGGAUUUGUAAGCUUUUGUUUCUUCGUGUUAAGCCUGUUUUUGUAUUUGAUGGCGCUACGCCUGUGCUUAAGAGGAGAACUGUUGCUGCUCGGAGGAGACAGCGUGAAAAUGCUCAGACUAAUAUCCGUAAAACUGCUGAGAAAUUGCUGAUUAAUCAUAUGAAGACACAUAGGUUGCAACAACUGGCAGAAAAUCUUAAGGACCAAAGACAACAAAAUAAUGCUAAGGGUAAAAGAAAAAGCAAAGAUAAAGAACAGAAAGCUGCAGACACUUCAGAAGGAAAGAAACCUGUUUCCGGAAGCUCUAAUCAAGAAGUAAUUGAUGAAAUGUUGGCUGCCUCUCUUGCGGCGGAAGAAGAUGGGAGUCAAAUGCACCAUGCUUCAACAUCUGUGUCUGAUGCAAAGGGUAAAAGGAAAAUCACAGAUAUAGCUUUAGAAGGAAAGGAACCGGUUUCUGGAAGCUAUAAUCAAGAAGCAAUUGAUAAAAUGCUGGCUGCCUCCCUUGCGGCGGAGGAAGAUGGGAGGCAAACGGACCAUGCUUCAACAUCUGUUGCUAGUGUACCUUUCGAGGAAGAGGAUGAUGAGGCAGAAGAGGAGAUGAUUCUUCCAACAAUGAAUGGGCAGAUGGAUCCUGCUGUCUUAGCUGCUUUACCUCCUUCUAUGCAACUUGAUCUUCUUGCGCAGAUGAGAGAGAGGCUAAUGGCUGAAAAUAGGCAGAAGUACCAGAAAGUUAAGAAGGUUCCCGAAAGAUUCUCAGAGCUACAAAUACAGUCUUAUCUUAAAACUGUUGCUUUUCGGCGGGAUAUAGAUGAAGUGCGUAAAUCUGCAGCUGGGAAAGGAAUAGGUGGUGUACAGACAUCACGGAUAGCAUCUGAACCUAACCGAGAGUUUGUUUAUUCUUCAUCCUUUACUGGUGAUAAACAGGUCGUAGCAUCUGCUGGACUAGACCAAAACAGCCGUGAGCAACAACAAAUGCCAGUUGCCCCUUCAAAUACUUCAGAUGGAUCUGUUCCCACCAAGAAGUUCAGUGUUUCGGGAUCAGUAGCAGAUCAGUCUAGUGCUAUAAAUCACAAUGAUGUUGAGACAUAUCUGGAUGAUAGAGGUCAUGUUAGGGUCAGUAGGGUAAGAGCAAUGGGAUUGCGAAUGACUCGUGACUUGCAAAGAAAUUUGGAUCUGAUGAAGGAGUCAGAGGUGGAGAGUCUAAACACCGCCAUAAAUACAAGUUCUGCUGCUGUGUCUGAAGAACUCUCUAGUAAGAUGCAGCCUCUAGAAAGUCUAGAUUUGGGUGAUGAUGAAAUUGCUGUCCAUCCUAGAAGUGAAGAGUUCAUAAAUAGUAGAACUCCUCUAGAGGUUACGUUUGACGUUGAUGGUGAGAACAGAGACGAUGAUGAUGAUUUAUUUACUCGCUUAGUUGCAGGAGAUUCAGAUUUGGGUGUUUCUUCUGAUGAAGAAAUUAAAACAAAAAAGUGCUCCGAUUCUGAUUCAGACUGUGAAUGGGAAGAAGGCGUCAUAUUAGACAAAAAUAAUAUUCAUCAUGAAGUAGAAGUAGGAGAAUAUCCAUCUACUAUGCAUAACCGUAAAUGUCAUGAAAUUAAUUUGCAACUGGAGGAAGGUCUUUUGGAUGGUCAAAUUUGUGCUUCCUCAUGUCUAUCGAAUUACAAGGAAUCAGACAUGGAAGCUGAUGCUGGAAAUGAUGUGGAAUGGGAGGAUGGAUCAUCUGACAUUCCUGGACAUACUUUCUCAUGUCAACCGAUAUACAAGGAAGUUGUGUACAAAGGUGACAUGGAAGAAGAAAUCAAUUUUCAGGAAGCCAUAAAAAGGAGUCUCGAGGAUUUGGGACAUGAGAAACACAUCAAUGAUUCACCUGAAGACAAAGAACAUAUUGAAGGUCAAGAAGUAGAUAUAGAGGGGAUGCCUGAUGGGUCAAACAAUCAUAUUAAGCAUUUACUCAUGCCUAAGGUAUCUGCAGAGUCUGUUAUUCAAACAGUUGGUUCCAAUGUAUGUGGUGGAGCUCAAAAGCUGAACAAUGUAUGCGAGUUUGAUAUCCCAAAUACCUAUGAUCGCCCAUUGAUCCAGUCUGAAUUUUGUACAGAUGUUGACUUAGAUGGCGCUGCUCCAUUGAUUGAUAGAUCUGGUGACAGCACCCAGACUAUUCAGCCAGAUAUAGGGCAAAAUGGCAGUGGAAGCAGUAAGUCUUAUGCCCAAAGCAAGUGUGUGAAAUCAGGUACACCUACUGAGAAUGAAGGAGGUCACGUAGUUGAAUCAAAGGUUUUGCAAAAUGUACGCGAGACUCUUCCGUCAUUCGGCUCGCCAUGUCAGAUUGGUCAGGUGCAGCCUGGAAACAUAGGUACCCCUGGCAUCACCUCUGAUUCAGUAUCACCUGAUGUGUGUUUAAGUAUUGGUGAUGCUCAACAGUUUGAUUUGAAGAAUCCUGCAAUGGAACAUUUGACGGGUGCUGGAGUGUUUACUAAAUCUUUUGUUAGAGAAUCUAUUAGAAAUGAUACUGUACAAAGCUUCGCUGAAGGAGAUGAUGAUGUAAACAAUUGUACAGAGAACUCUGUUAUGAUGGAUUCCUUGAAGGAGCAGGUUGAAAAGACAAGGGUUAAUUUGGAAGAGGAAAUGCAAAGACUGCGUAAAGAGCGCCUAUUUUUAGGAGUUGAGAAGAGAAAGCUUGAACGUAAUGCAGAAGCUGUAAGCAGUGAGAUGUUUACAGAAUGUCAGGAACUGCUUCAAAUGUUUGGCUUGCCAUAUAUCAUAGCACCAAUGGAGGCUGAAGCUCAGUGCGCAUUUAUGGAACUUGAGAAUCUUGUUGAUGGUGUUGUAACUGAUGACUCUGAUGUGCUUUUGUUCGGAGCACGAAGUGUGUACAAAAAUAUCUUUGAUGAUCGCAAAUAUGUAGAGACAUACCUUAUGAAGGACAUUGAAAAUGAGUUGGGCUUAAAUCGAGAAAAAUUAAUUCGUAUGGCACUGCUUCUUGGGAGUGAUUAUACUGAAGGUGUAAGUGGGAUUGGCAUUGUUAAUGCUAUUGAAGUCAUAAAUGCAUUUCCUGAGGAAAAUGGCCUUCACCAGUUCAGGGAGUGGGUUGAAUCUCCAGAUCCAACUAUACUUGGAAAAGCUGAGGUUUUUAGCAAGAAUUCCUUAAAUUGCAGUUCAGAAGGUGCAGUUCACGGACCAGUUGAUGAUCUACUUGAGAAGAAGCAACACUUCAUAAAUAAGCAUAGAAAAGUAAGCAAAAACUGGCAUUUUCCUUUUACUUUCCCAAGCCAAGCAGUAAUUUCAGCAUACAACUCCCCAAAAGUGGACAAGUCAAAGGAGACAUUUUCAUGGGGGAAGCCAGAUCAUUUUGUUCUUCGCAAACUUUGCUUGGAAAAGUUUGGAUGGGGGACUGAAAAGUCUGAUGAUGUUCUUGUACCUGUCUUGAAUGAGUACAAUAAGCAUGAGACGCAACUUAGAUUGGAAGCAUUUUACUCUUUCAAUGAGAGAUUUGCCAAAAUUCGUAGUAGAAGAGUUAAAGAGGCUGUCAAAUUAUCAAGGGGGGACAAGGCCUCAGGGUUAAUGGAUGAUACCAAGCUAGGAAAUCCGAAAGGCAGCAAAAGAAGAAAACUAAGCUCAGGUCGGGCUGGUCCAGGAGAAGAUGUUAGCAUUUCAGAUGGUCUAGCUGCUGGACAGGAAAGUAAAUCUAAUGAAGCAGCAACUGCUGGUUGCUCUAGGAAAAAGAAGGUUCAUGGAGAGCCUUGCACACCUGAGGAGAAAAACUCGGAAUCAUUGAUGCAGGCGGUUGGAAGGGAGAACACCAAUGGAAGAUCAAAAUUGGGUUGCCGAGGGAGAAGCAGGGGUCGAGGCAAAGGUCGAUCAGGCAAACGCGGGAGAGGAAAAGAGAGCUCUACUUUCGAUUGUGCUGAAAUUAGCUCCAGUGAUAAACUUGAUAAAGAUCAACCAGAUGAAAAACAUGAUAGGUCACACCAAGUCCGUCGGUCUACACGUCCUCGGAAGGCUGUGAGAUAUGUUAUGAAUGAUUCAGACGGCGAGGAAUUGGCUGAUGCUGGCCAAGAUGGUGGAAGUACUGUUGACGUAGGAAGGGUAGAUCAUGCCAACAGGGACAUGGGUACUGCUUAUAAUGCCAGUGCCAGUAAAUUGAAGCAUCAUGUGCUUGUGAAACCUUCUUCUGACAACAUUCAGUCUGGGAGUGGAUUCUGCCCGGAUGAGGCUGAACUUGAUAUUGGUACAGAUCAUGUUAAUUUGGAUCAAAAUGGCACACAUUUAAAUGCAGAUGAAGAUUACCUAAAAACAGGGGGAGGAUUUUGCUUUGUGGCUGAUGACGUAGACAAUGACACUGACACACACUUUAAGGCAGAUGAAGAUUGCCUUAAAACAGGUGGUGGAUUUUGCUUUGUGGCUGAUGACGUAGACAAUGACACUGACACACACUUUAAUGCAGAUGAAGAUUGCCUUAGAACAGGUGGUGGAUUUUGCUUUAAGGAUGAUGAUGUGGAGAAUGACACUUGCAUGCAUUCUAAUGCAGAUGGAGAUUACCUUAAAACAGGGGGUGGAUUUUGCUUUGAGGAUGAUGACGUAGAUAAUGACCAAGAAAAAAGUGCUUACAGUCCAGCGGGAGAUGUUUUUCACAGCAAUGACACAGGAAAAAGUGCCACAGGGGGUGGAUUUUGCUUUGAGGAUGAUGACUUAGAUAAUGACAAAGAAAAAAGUGCCUGCAGUCCAGCGAGAGAUGUUUUCCACGUUGACACAGAAACAAGUGCCUACAGUCCAACAAGAACUAUACUUCACGACUAUGACAACCCUUCUAAUUGUUCUGUUUCACACUCGAGAUCAGUGGAUGAGAUUCAAGCUGGAGAUUAUACAGAUAAACCGUAUGAUAUGCCAGAUUCAGGUAAUAUUGAUGUCACGAAGGAACGCAAUAAGAAGCAUGUCAAUGUAGCUGGAUCUAGUAACAUUGUGGUUGGAGACGAUCCUGGAGCCAGAUCCGGACAAUUUUUAAGUGCUAUGCCUAACUUGAGAAGAAAGCGAAAGAGUUAACAGAAUUCACGCCUAAUAGUUUUUGUACUUAGGUAUUACUGUUUCGUUAAUUUUUCCUAAUUUAUUUGGGUUAAGCUUCCUCCGACUCUCCGAGUUUGUACUUGGACACUUAAAGUGAGUUAAGCAUGGGAAGUUCUGACUUAUCUGAUGAUAGCUGUAUAAUCAAUUCACAUGGCCCGAGUUCCACAAUCUGAAAGCGGUGAGGUCUAAUAUUGUAGAAAUUGUGAGAGUGUGGUAAAAUUAUCAGUUUUAAUCACUAUUUUGGCAGGAACGUCAUCUUGAUUCUUGAUCAUCUUGCGUGUGUAUGAUAAAAAUAAGAGUUUGAUACACAUGUUUAAUAGAUGCUGUGAGAUAAGCAUUCUCACAAAUUAUUACAGUACAUUUACUAUUAUUUUG